AUGGUUUUUGUUCAAAAGUAAGUCCUUUUUCGCUUUUUUAUCCAUCCAAAUAAUCCCAAUUUUUGUUUCCCCCCGAAAUUCCCGUGUGAUUUUUCCCCGCUUGUUUUGAUUUUCUUUCUAACCAACCCUCAACAAACCCGCGAGUUUAGAUGUUCAUUUGAUUUUGAUUUGGUGUUUUCGACUGUUUUUUCAGUUUUUUGAGUGAUUUUAGCAUUUUCUGGAAGAAAUUUAGUCAGCCAGUGAUGAUUUUUCUCUUAAGUUGGCUCUUGCUAAACCUCUUGCGGCCUCGGUCGCUCUUUUUCUCAUUCUCAUUCUUGCUUCGUUUGAUAGUCUUAAUCGAUGAACUACAUUAUCAAGUCGAUUUUUGGUUUGAUUGUUAAGAUCAUCACGCUGUAAAUCAUCAAACGCUACAUAUUGUAUAUAAAAACUGUAGAACAGUUAGAUUGACUAAAAAUUCUCCACGUAAGAUUGACUGAAAAUCCGAAAACGUCCUCGAAAUCUGUGUUUUUCACUGAAAAAUCAUCACUGGCUGACUAAAUUUUUUCCAGAAAAUGCUAAAAUCACUCAAAAAACUGAAAAAACAGUCGAAAACACCAAAAAAAUUGAUUCCUCAGAAAAUGCCCUGACAGCUAGCACGCCAGCCGGCAGACGGCCGUCGAAUUCUGAUACUAAUUUGUCAGUUUGCCAGCUCGCAGACAGCAUCUGCUAGGUUCUGCCAGAUCGCCGCGAGGUUGCUAGCUGUCAGAGCAUUUUCUGAGUCACAAAAUACAGAAAACAAACAAAUAAAUUCAAACACCCUCGCGUUGUGCGGUCAAUUGUAGAUUGCAAGAGUAUUUUUGCAAGAGUAAUUUUAAAUUGAAGGACUUUUACUAAGCCUAAGCCUAAUUUCCGGACUCGUACAUACAGAAAAUUGAAAAUAUUCCAUCUGAAAUUAAGUUUGGAAUACAUUUCAAGUCAUUUGAAAUCGCUCUUUUUCAAAAAUGACCCUUGCAAUAAAUUACUCUUGCAAAAAUACUCUUGCAAUCUACAAUUGUCUAGAUUUGCAUCUUUAGUCAAUCUACAGUUAAAAAACCUGCAGCCUACCGCGAAAGUGAGUGGUUUGAAGUAAAUCAUUUUUUAUUUUUUCCCACAUUCUAAUAAAAACUGCUCUUUUUCAGGAAGAUGUCGGAUACAGAAAAUCAUGAAGAAACUGAUAUUCGAAGAUCAUCGCGUAGAAGAGAAAGUUCCAAACAAACUUCGAGAAAAAGUGCGAUUGAGCGAUUGAAGGAAGCAAGAGAAACUGGAAAAUCGUAUCGACCAAAUCUCGAUGUUGAUGAUGUCUAUGAAGUUGUAGAUGAAAGGGAAUAUAAUGACAUUGUCUCACAACGUCAAAAUGAUAAUUUUGUGGUCGAUGAUGGUAAGUUAAACGUGAACUAAAUGACGUGUCUCAGCGUGUAAUGAUAACAUUAGAAAAAAUAUUUUUAUUUCUCAUUUUUAGAUGGAAUGGGUUACGUGGACACUGGAGUCGAUUUCGAAGAAGAAUAUGAAGAUGACUACGAGGAAUAUGGUGAUCGAUCUUCAAAAAAAGGAGAAAAGAAAUCGAAAAAAUCUUCGAAAGAGAAAAAGAAGGGAGCUCUUGACAGUUUCUUCGCUGGAGGUGCAAAGAAAACAGUUUUGGAUGAAUCAAAAGUCAAAGUGAAUCUGGAAGAAGACGAAGAUUUGAAAAAUAUGCUUGGAGAUAUUUUGGAUGGUGAAGAUGAUGAAGAAGAUGAGCGAGAAAAAAGGCGAAAAAGAAAUAUUGCGGCUCCACUUCCAAAAAAUCCAUUCAAACGGGGAAGAACAUGUCAGUUUGGAAGAUUUCAUCGAAGACUUUAAGAUUAAAAUUUUUUUCAGCAUCUCCCCCAUCAGAUGAUUUGGCUCCUCGACCAAUUGCGAAAAAGGCGAAAACCAAUUUUCUAUCAAAAAAUGCGACUCCAAAACAACAACAUCUGGAAAAACCCAAAGCAAAAAAAGUUGAAGAGCCAAUUCCAGAAGAAAAAGAUGACGACGAUGACUAUGGUAAAUAUAUAUUUUAAAGAAUAUCUAGAUACAAAAACUCUAAUUCUAGGUGUUCCUGAUUACGAUGACAAUGAACCAAUUGCGAUCAAAAAUGAGGUCAACAGUCCAGUCAAAAAACCUGUUCAGGAAAAGGUCUUGUGA